GCUAAAGGUAGGAGUGUUCGGAUGGGUUGGGAAAGUUAGCGGAGGCAGAAGCGUCCAUAGUGUAGGAAAAACCAGGCAAGGUUGGAUGCAUUCUAUUCACUAUGCCCUGUGGGCUGUUUGCCGACAUUCGAUAUGAUUGAAUGAAGCCUAGUCCUGCUUGUUUCGCGUUGAUUUCGGUGCUUGUUCUUUCCAUGUGGUUUCCUCAAGUGGGUUUUCCGACGUUGAACGCAUGUAGCGGAUUUUGAGGACACAGGAUACGCUAUGGACGUAACUAACGCCGAGGGAACGUCUGGUCCACUGUAUAUAAAGCCUGCCGGUCCUGCACGAAGAGCAUUCCUGUCCUGCGGUCUUGCAGCUUCACUCAUAGAUUUUACUCUUUGCCAUGGCUCGUCCUGUCACCUUUGCCUUGGUAUUGGCGCUCGCAGCUCUAGCUGUGGUCAAUGCUCAGAGGAGGCAAUUCAACUUCAACUUUCAGCCACCUCCUCCACGGCACCGCUUCAGCGUGGAGGCAUCGGGUGCAGGUCGCAACCACCGCAACUUCAACGUGGGCGGUUCUGUUCGCGGCGAGUACGACGCGUACCGCGGCAGGGACGGCACUCGGGUGGUGGCCUCUGGCGGAGUGGCACACGGUGCGACCCGCAUCGACGGCAAGACGUACAAAGGCAGGCCUCAGGGAUCCGUGGGCAUCGGCGUCGAGAUCCCGAUCGGAAAGGGUCGAUGACUUCGUCGACGUACGCGUUGGUGCCUCGACGAUCGGCUUAGGCGAACGAAACCAUGUAUACGGUGUUCAUUUACAAAGUAGCCUUGUUUUUUCUUUGAAAGCAACCUGACGAUGUUAAAGAACGGUAAAUUGCUCUGUCACGCUAUUGAAUUAGUAAAGUUUUCGGUCCAGCCUGAAUAAAGUAUCAGCAGAGUUA